AUGCCGCGCACCCAAUCGCCCAGCCGGUCCAGCACAGCUAGCGGCCCUGGCGGCGGCUCCGCGAAAACCGCAACCAAGCGCCUCCUCAAGGAGAUGGACACAUGGCGCAAGGAGCAGAGCGACGAGAAGGGCAUCGAGCGGCUCGGCCCCAUUAGCGACGAAAACCUCCUCGAGUGGGAGAGCGUCAUCAACGGCCAAGGCGCUUUUUGUCCAGGCGGACGCUGGCUCGUCUCCAUCUCCGUGCCGCCGACGUACCCCCUGCAGGCGCCCAAGAUGCGCUUCGUCACGCCCAUUGUGCACCCCAACAUUGCGCUGCAGACGGGCGAGAUAUGCCUGGACCUGCUCAAGGACGCGUGGACGCCGGCGUACAGCGUGCUGGAGUGCGUGCGCGCCGUGCGCAUGCUGCUGAGCUGUCCCGAGACGGACAGCCCGCUCAACGUGGAUGUCGCGGCGCUGCUGAGGGGCGGCGACGUCGUUGGCACGAGGAGGCUCGUCGAGUGCUGGUGUGCCGAUGAUGGGGGGAGGUAUGAUGGGCCGUAG